AUGAUGUCAAUAAGGCCGGAUGCGCUCGAGUGCGCGCGCGACAAGGACGCCCUGAAAAGGGCAAACAUGUCGACGGUCGUCGCGGCAGCGGGCUGCAAGAUCACAGAUCAGAAUCGCGCCGCUGUUGAGAACGGAGACCGAGUAGAAGGGGUUGGGAACCUGCUCCACGCGGGGAAGUCCGGCAGGCUGACCGUGGUGCACGCCGUGGUGCACGCCGAGUACCUCAAGGCAUCGGAGCGUGAAGCCUUUGUCGGCCUGAGCGAAGAUCAUGCUAAAAUCAAGGCAAACGGCCGUGACAUCACGUGA